AUGGUUGGUCGCCACGAUGUGAUUCAUCAAGAAGGUGACUUAGUUUACUAUUCACCGUUUGUUUUUGAUAAGAACCCAUACCAUGGAGUCACAGUACCAAUACUAGUGGUUGACUUGUUAGAGCUGGUGGAAGACUCCAAGAACCUUUGCCGAAGACACUAUGGGAAUCAGUUCCGUGGGCUAUUUUAUAAAAAUCAUCCAUUGAACAAGAUAUCUGUGGUGGGGGUGGUGGUUGGUUGUCGGUACAAGUGUAUUGGAGAUGAUGACUACAUAUUCAUGCAGCUCGAUGAUUGCAGUGGUUCAGCAAGAUUCUUGCAGUGCAAAUGUCUUGAGCCCUUAGCAAUGGAGAAUGGUCUUUCCUGGGGGUCAAUAUGUGGUCAGAAGUUAAGAAUUAGCGGUGCUUUUAACCUAUGGUACCGUGAAAUGGUGGUCGAGUGGAUUGACUUCAUUCCUGAUAUCAUCGCUGAAAUUGAACAUUGGCAAAGUGCAAUUGAGUUUAGGCGUAAACUGUCCAUACCGUGGGUUGAACCAGUUUCAUCAGAACCACCGACUUCCAAUUACAUUCAGCAGAUGCACACUGCAAAUGUAAUGGACUCUCUGGUAAUUACAAGCACCUACGAACAAUUGUCACCACCGUCUCCAUUACCUUCACCUUCGCCAGUGGAUUCCCCACCACCUUCUCCUCUGCCGCAGGUUAUUUGUAACAUUACAGAAUUGAAGAUAGAAUUUCUCAGAGGGUUGCUCAAACACGAAGGUAAAAGAGCAUACACCACUGAAUUGUACAGUGGUCUUUCGACACUGCUGAAUCAACUAGCUACUUUAAGAUUCCAGAAUCAGAGGGUAAAUCUACCGGUCAAACCGUGGCAACAGUUGAAAUCUGAAUCCCUUUACGAUCAAUUGCAUAAAUUACAGAAAUCAGGUCUGCUCCGAUGUCAUUCCAAUGACAAUCUGGUUGAUCUGAAACCGUUGAAAGAUCUGCACGAGUACAGUAUGCAUAGAGUUUUGACUUUGAUCAAGUUACAGUGCAACACGGGACGUAUCGAUUACAACCAUAUUCGCGAUAAAUUAAAACAUUGCGAGUUUACCAAGAAAGCUAUUGUCGAUAUCUUUAAAGAAUCCCUAAGAAGAAUUUGUCUAUUGUAUCCACAGUUGUUGGUGGGUUGGUGGAUAGGUGCUGAUGGCGGUGAAUUUUCAGUGAUUCAUUUCAAAUAUGAGCCACACGAGAGGUGA